AUGGCUAUGUACUUUUAGUGCCAGUAAUACAUACCAAAGAGACUUGUUUUCAUGUUGAAAAAAGAACAGGAAGCUACCAAGAUCAUCAGGGUAUGUAGCCUCUCUGUUGCAGCCUUCCUGUCCUGAUAUGAGUUCCCCCUUGUAUUCUAAGAGGAACUCUCCUUUUAAAAAGGAUCUUUUGGUAAAUAUGCCCCGACCUAAUGAAAAAAUUGAUUUUUUAAAAAUAUUGGUUCACUGUACAGUAUACCAAUUUUUUAAUAGCAGACAGUAUAGCCAGCAGUUCCAAAAGAUUCUUUGCCUCAAAGUGGCAAUGUGCCCUUGUGCACUUUAUUAUUUUACUUUUCUAAUAACCAUUAAGCUGUCACAAUGCACCUUUAUUCUUUUACUCAGUGUUGCCCUUCCCAUGAGCAUCCUGUUUACCAUCGAUUAAGUUGCAAUGCGCCCUAUUUUAUUAUCUUACUCUGCCUAAUUCCAGUGGUGUAAUUAGAGUAAAAUACACCCUUUCGAUAAUUAAGUCACAACUACACUGUUUUCAACUUUGGACCACCUUAAAUGGAAAGGAUUUUAAGUUCUUUUUCUCAUGGCCUGUGCACAGAGAAGCAGAAGAUCCCUCUUCAACACAUGUGCAAAAAAAUUUUUUUGAUUUUGAUCAGUAAUAAUAGACAAUUCCCAUUAUAGACUAAUUUUAAAAUUACGCAAGGAAACUCAAAUAAAUCACCACAGCUAGAAAGAGCAUACUAAAAUUAGUUAAACUAGACGUAACCACAGGUUAAAAAGAGCGACCUGGAGACUUUAGUCACUAAUGACAACGUGCCGGCUCAUGCUGUUUUGGCCAGAUAGUUGGUGAUCAUCCUUUACUUUUGCCAGAAGUAGGUCGGUCGGGUUUGUUUUAUUUUUUAUAUAACGAUUUGCGUCAAAUAAACAUGCACAUGACAAGGUACUUUAUUUCAUAUUGUCUAUUAAUAUAUUCAAAAUAAAAAACAGUAACAACUUUUCAAGUUUAUGCAAAGGAGUGGCGAUAAUAUAUGGGCUAAUAUUGCUUAUUAUAUAAUAAAAGUCGGCCCAUUUACACUGAAUAUCCAAUUUAGGUAAAUUUAUCAAAAUAUUAACUUGACUGAUAGACCUUUCCCCUUUUAAGUGAAAUUUUGAUCUAGACAAGUCUGGACAAAAAUUUAAUCACAGCUUGAAAGAGCAUCAAUAAUUUUCCGAAGUUUCGUUGCAAAAUGUUGUAAAAUGCGGAUAAUAUAGCCUUGCGAAGUUUGCCGUUUUUCAGUCAUUUGGUAUUACAAACGGGAAAUUGAUAAUCAGUGAUCAAACUGAUUAUCAAUUUCCCAUUUGUAAUCAAAAUGACUGAAAAACGGAAAACUUCGCAAGGCUAUAUUAUCCGCAUUUUACAACAUUUCGCAAUGAAACUUCGGAAUAUUACUAAUUUGUGAUAACUCUUUCAAGCUGUGAUGAAAUUUUUGUCCAGACUUGUCUAGAUCAAAAUUUCACUUAAAAGGGGAAAGGUCUAUUGGUAUCCAAUUACGUCACUUGCUACAAAUUACAUAACAAAUAGUUUAUACAUUUGUGAUUAUAUUGUCGGUACAGCGCAAAGUCGCCUUCUAUGAAUAGCAUGACGUGUCAAUAACAGUACCAAUUGACAAAGCGCAAUUUAAAGAUAAAUAUUAAAGCUCGGCACAUGACUUUCAAACAACAGACGUUUCUUUGUAUACAUCACAACAUCCUCAUGCACAGCAUUUAAUCUUUUUGAUUAUUUAAAUCUGUCUUCAAUAACAGACUUACAACAGUUAGUAGAUGCUAAGUUAAGCUUCAUUUGAUGUACAAUUUGAUGAACAAAAGUUAAAGGUACAUGUAUAAAAUUGCAUCAGUAUCGAUGAGUAAAUAAAACACUGGAUGGCAUAACAGCGGCGGAAAUACCGUUUCAUGCGGUCUUCCAAAUAUGGAAAUAUGUUCCAAAUAUGGAAUGCAAGCCGAGGUGAAUCGGUAAAUCUUGAGCCGGGGCUAAUCCGAACUCAGCGGUAUAUUUAAAUUUUCUACGCACAGAUUAGGAUGCUCCCAGCUCGCUUGCUGGUGCUCGCUCGCUGGUCGCAAUUACAAAGUUUGGUUGCGAAUUGUUGUAAAAUGAGGAAAAUAUAGCUUUGCAAAGUUUGCACAUUUUGUAUACUUUUGUAUUGCUUGCUGAAAUUCCUACCACAUUUAGGCCGGAAAUGGUUGCACGCAAUACAAAAGUAUACAAAAUGUGCGAACUUUGCAAGGCUAUAUUUUCCACAUUUUACAACAUUUCGCAACCAAAUUUUGUAAUUUUACUAAUUUUAGUAUGCUCUUUCUAGCUGUGGUGAUUUAUUUGCAUCUCCUUGCCUAGUUUUAAAAUUAGUCUAUAAUGGGAAUUGUCUAUUACUGGUCAAAAUAAAGAAUUCGUUUUCAUGCAUGUGUUGAAGUAGGAUGUAUUGCUUCUCUGUGCAUAGCCCAUGAAAAAAAACUUGAAAUCCUUUCCAUUUAAGGUGGUCCUAAGUUGAAAACAGUGUACAGUACCGGUAGUUGUGACGUAAUUAUUGAAAGGGUAUUUGCUGUAAGCGCGCAUUUUUAUGGUUGUAUGUAUGGGUGCAUGGUUUAAUCAAAUUAAUACAAUAUGUACAUAGUUGUAAGGAAUGAAUAAAAAAUUUACUUUUUAAAGCAGUAUUAAAUCAUGAUAUUGUACUCAAAUGUGCAUAUUUUUUUUGUUAAAUUUUCAGUUUUAUAUUUAUAAUUUGCACCCAGACUAGUACAGUAUGUAAGGCCGCAUAAAAUAAAUUCCUUGAUUCUCAUCACUGCCCGACUGUAUUUUAAGAGCCGCGUGAAAUUUUUUUAUAUGUUGUUAUACAAUAUAAAUGUACCGCCCGACAAAAUAUUUCAAGACAGUUAAGUUUUUUAUAUUUUAUAUUGGGUUUUUAGUGCCAUUUUAAACUGCCAAUUUCAAACAAAUAGAACCUUGAAAGAAAUUUCAUUGCAUUUUAACGGAACUUCGCAUUCAGUUCAAGGGCCCAGUCAUUGUUUGUGGAGAAAUAUGUUUAUUUAAGUUUGGGACACUUUUAUUUAUUGAUAUAUUUUAAAUUAUAUAAAUAUAAAAUAUAAACCUCCCGCCUCUUCGACAUUUUCAAAGUGUAGUGAUGAGAAUCAAGGAAUUUAUUUUAUGUGGCCUAAUAACAACCAUGAUAUGAAAAUAGAACUUAAGUAUCUUAAUAAUAUUUUAGACUAAUAAACUGGAAACAGAAUCUCCGAUAAUAUUUUUUAUUUUUUUUUUCUAAGUUAAUUAAUGUUGUAGUAAAUUGCCUUUUAUUUAUUUAUUACCAAUAUAGUCAUUGAUAUAUCUCUCCUCGAGGUCUUCUUGGUCAUUGGGAAGAGAAGUCUGUUUUUGUCUCUGAGAUCGAAGCAAACAUAUGGUACAUGAUUAUAUAAUAAUUAUCAAGAAUUUGAGCAGUAUGACAAAGUUUUAUAAGCAUGGGAGGAACCUUUGCCCAGACUGAGCUAAUUUUCUUUGCAUAUUCCCAGUCUUGAGGGGGGGGGGGGAAAUUGACAGGAUGUUGCAGUAAACUUGGUUACUGGAUGACUCCAUUGACUAUGAUAAAUACAUAAUAUACUAUGAUGAUUUAAGGUGAUGCAACUUAAUGCAACAAUGCAACAGGAAGGACUUUAACCUAUAUACAGCCGUGGAAUUCACGAUAAAUUAUUAUACCUCAAAAUAAUAUUAUACCUCAAAAUAAAAUGGUCCAAUACUCCAAUCACAGGGUUAAAUUUAUAGCAUGUGACUAUGCGAUUCAGUUUAAGUGGAAUUAUCUCUAUCACAUCACCAGGGGACCAGGGGGUAAUUCCACUUUAUAUUCCCCUUGAGUUGUCCUUAAAAAUUACCCUCUUGCCUAGCCUGCUUAAAAUUGAAAGGAUUUUAGCCAACAGAGGUUGAACCAAAAUUUAAUUUUGGUAUAAUAUUAAUAUAUCAGUUAUCAACCUUUCACUCUGGGUAUUCCACAAAAAAUUACCCCUCGGAAUGAAAUAUUUCAUCCUUCAGGGUAAUUUUUGUGGAAUACCCCUUGUUCCGGGUCAGUGACUGAUAAUAAUACCCUGAACUGCUCACUGUGAAAUUAAAUCACUAAAUUCCAACAAUCCCGGGAGAAUUUGUCUAAUCCCCUCCCCCCCAAAAAAAAAAACGGAAAAUUUUCUCUGAUUUAUAUCCAAACAAAAAAAGGAGAAAAUUUAGUGUUUAAAUUUCACUGUGUGGACAAUGGAAAUCAAAGAACUAGUGCCAUGAUAUAUUAGAAAAUUAGCAAUUGUAAAAUUCCCCUCGCCUUGGGGAGGUUUGUGAAAUUUUCUUCGUUUGCUGUCAUGAAUCUCGCAAACCUCCCUGGGAAUUCAGGGACACUAUUUUUUCUCAUAUAGUCUUGGUAUAUCACUUAUACAAUAUAUAUAUAUAUAUACAGUAUAUGUACAAUGGCAUCUCUAUGGCACCUAAAAAUGGCAUCACCAUGAUAAUUAUAUACACAAGAACUUGAAUGAUUAAUGCUCUGCGACUAAGCUUACUAAAAUUUUAAUAUUUAAGCAGCUGAAAUUUCGGUUUUACAGUAUUUAGCUUUGCCUGUAUUUACAUGGUUCUUGCAUGAAAAUACACUAACAACAACAACAUUAGGUGGGGACACCACAACAGUUUUUAAAAUACCAAUUACUGCGGAUCCUUGAAUGUACACAUAUCUAUAGCUAAUGUCAUUCAUGACUUUACCAAAACAAUUACACAACUUAUAACUAACAGUAAUAAGUACAUAACACAAGAUCACUGUUACUAAACGAUCUGUAAGCAAUAUUGAAUAAUACAAGCGACCUGGGGAUUGCCCUUGCUUUUCCCAGCCUCGGCACCUAUUGCCUUUUAUAAGUUCCCACUAAUGAAGUCCGUUUUCAAAGCUGCGCUGUUUCAAACGAUUCAAUUUUCCACCACUUUUACAGUUUUAUGGACUGUGUCCAACUACGGCAGAUUUAUGAAAUGCCAUGACAUGUUUAUAACCUACAUUCAAUGACUACUAUAUGGUGUGGCCUUGACUUUGGAAGAGUAUUACUCAAGGUCAUUCAAUAUAUAUUCAUCUAUUCAAGGUCAUGCAUUCAAAUAUUUCUAAAUAACAUAGGGGAGAAAAAUUGAAUUUAUAUCAAAAGGUCUAUUUUGUAAAAACCUGUCAUGAAUUUGUUGACUGAAUUUUAUGCACGUCAGUUAUAUUACGCACGUUGCUAUCUGAUUCUUUUUGCUUUAGCCAGGUGCGAAUCAUCGACGAAGAGAAACUGGCAAGAUCCGACCCAUAAGAUGUAUCGAUGUCAGUUCAUAAACGUCCUGGCCUCUGCCACAAGUUUAAAAUUUGUUCUUGCCAAGUAUGUGCAAAUUUUUUUAUCGAAAACUUACUUUGACUCUGCGACUUUCCCGACGGCCUUCUUUUUGAUCCGCCAUCUUGGCCUACCAGAUUUAGGCUUACCAGAUUCAAUGUCUAUAAGUAGAAAAGAAAGAGUAAGAAUAAAUUUAGUCUUUCUUAUGAACGACGAAAAACUUUUACUGAUCUAAAAGGCAACAUGGUUAUAAUAUACACGAUACUUCAUGCUUGUUUCAGCUAGUUUGAGCUUUAAAGAUGAGUGCACAGAUGAACUACAAAUGCACAACAUGAAGAGCCGAAGUAAAAUUGUAAAGUCAGACUUUAGAGUAUGGGCAAGCCCUGUGCCCACGACAUUAGCUAGUAUCUUUUAACAGAACCCAAAAUUUGCUUAGUCAUUAAAAAUUUGGACCAAUCCCAGGAAAAACCCUGCAGAAUAUGUUAAACUAUUGCGUAAAAAUCGUUUUUACAGUACAAGAAGGCCAAUGUUGCAACAGUUGUUGUUUUUGCCAUUUUUAAGCUUUGACAACUACAAAUUCUUGCGAAAAACGCCAGAAUGCUUCACUUAUACAAUAAAAUUAGGCUGCAUUUUUAAUGCCCGACUCGGGUGGUGGGUUUUAGUUGCGUGUCCAAUUAAAAAUAUGUGUCAAACAAAAAUAUUAGUUGAUAACUUACUUGUCACAGGAGAUACUUCGACUUCGCUUCGGCCUUCAGCCAGGCUCUCGGAAAACACCAGUGGAACGCAGAGAAAGAACUGCUAAAUAAGAAAGGACUAUCAUUAUUCACAAUUACCUAUAGUCAUUACUCUAGAACAACGCAAGUUGUACCAUGAUAAAACAAAGCACAUACCGUGACGAUAUAAUUCUUCGAAUUUGCAAAACCGCAUCGGUCGGAGAGAAAAGCCUUUCAAAUGCCUCUUGGUCCAACGCAUUUGCUAAAAACACUGCUUGUUACAUGUUCUUAGCUAGGACCAUAUGUGAUUGGCUAAAAUUGCCGCCUUUCGUUUUUGUGAAUCUUGAUUGGCUUUUCAACAUCUUACAGAGUUGUUGCGUAUUUCCGGUUGUUUCGAUUGAGCUACAUAAUAGACAAUCCAGAAGACUUCUCUCAGGGCCUGUUCAUAUGGGCAGAAGUUAUCCCGGUUAGCGAGAAAACUUUUCGACAAGUUUACGAGCGAGAUCUCGCCUUGUUACGAAAAUAAUAUGAAAAGUUACAUUCCGUUCAUAUGAGACGAAAAGUUUUCCCGUGUACCGAGAUCUUGCUUGUUGACAGGCAAUAUCUCGGUGACCGGGAUAAUGUUUUUCCCCAUAUGAACACAACUUUCCCGCUUAGCGGGAUAACCUUUUGUCAUGUCAGCAACUUUUCAAUUCAAUUGAUGUUCAGUGCUAGGUCACAGCCGGAAACUUUUCCCGGUAAGCGGGAUAAUAUUUCUCCAUAUGAACAGAACAAAAGUAUUUGGCUAGUCGAAAAGUUCUCUCGCUAACCGGGAUAACUUUUGCCCAUAUGAACAGGCCCUCGGAUGUCUUGUAGAUUGUCUAUGGCUACAUACAUUAUUCUUAUCGUUUUUCUCGGAAAAAAAACGUUAUGCCGUCCGUUCCUAUUCCCCGUCCCAUUUCCCGUUCCCCAUUCUUAUUUCCUGUUCCCAUUCCCCGUUCCCAUUUCCCGUUCCUAUUCCCCCAUCGCAUUUCCCGUUCCCAUUUCCCGUUCCCAUUUCCUGUUCGUCCUCGUCCCCAGGGCCUUGCAGCCCCGCACGACCGCUAAAGGCCCUGAAAUUGAGCGUUCCGGAAGUGCCCAUUUUCUGCACUAGAUUACAAUGCAAAUGCCUGCAAAUCAACAGGUCUAGGGUACUAAAUGAAGUAUUCAUACCUUUGAAAAGAUAUCAUUACAGAGUCAUUGACUUGUUUUGUGUUAAAUUGCUCACCAAAAUAAAAAGUUGUACAUUUCAGGCAAUUAGCAGUUAUACUCAUAGCCAAUCAGAUAUCUACUUUUGGCCAUCAAUCCCAGAGCCUUAUUUUCCACGAGGAACCGAGUAAAAAAGGCUCAGGGGACGAGAAUGAUUCCCCGUUCCCAUUUCCGUUUUCACCAGGGGCCGGUUGUACGAAAGGUGGAUACCGCUAUCCGCCGGAUCGCGAUUUUUUCAGACUCUGUAAAACUGUUUAUUUACUGGUAUAUGCCUGACUAAAGUUCAGUAUUUUCGAGUUGAAGUUUCGUUUAAUUAAUUGUAAGUUUGAUAUUUGUAGUUUUAUAGCUUUUCAAGCAUUUUUACGACGUUUGAAAAAUCACUAUCCGGUGGAUAGCGCUAUCCAGCUUUCGUACAACCGGCCCCAGGUGGAGAGUAAUAUACCUAUGUGCUGACAUAAGUACUCAUCGGAGGCAUAUCAGAUAGAGGCUCGUAUAUAGCAGUCAAUCGAGACGUCUUUUUAUUCAUUUUAUGCACACUUACACACGGCGAAUUUUUGGCGCAAUAAAGCAGUCAACCAAUAGCAUCGCCUUCGAGACUCGUAAUAUAUGUUUUAUCACUCUCGUGAUAAGUAUUGUCCCUCGAUAUCGUCUUAUAACCUAUACGUAUGCCAACGAUACGACCCUUUAUGCCACUGCACCGGCCAAAACCAGAUCUAAUUGCAAAAAUCUUCAAUAUCAUUUUAGGUAA